GAUUCACGACACUCACCCUCCCGCCCGUUCUCUCUCUCUCUCUCUCUCUCCAGUUCCUCUCGGUCGAAUCCCCAAAUUUCUAGGGUUCCUUGCGAUCCGGCACCAUGAACAUCUUUCGCCUUGCCGGCGACACCACCCACCUAAUUAGCGUCCUCAUCCUCCUUCUCAAAAUCUACGCCACGAAAUCAUGUUCCGGGAUUUCGUUGAAGACGCAGGAGCUUUACGUGAUGGUGUUUGUGGCGAGGUAUUUGGAUUUGUUCACGGAUUUCAUCUCGCUGUACAAUAGCGUGAUGAAAGUGGUGUUCAUAACCAGCUCUGUUGCUAUCGUUUGGUGCAUGCGAAGGCAUCCACUGGUUCGGAGGAGCUACGAUAAAGAUCAGGAUACAUUCCGGCAUUACUUCCUUGUUGCAGUGAGCUUUGUCCUUGCGCUCAUUUUCCAUGAUAAGUUCACCAUCAAAGAGGUGCUUUGGGCAUUUUCCAUAUACUUGGAAGCUGUUGCAAUUCUUCCCCAAUUGGUUUUACUACAGAGAAGUGGAAAUGUGGACAAUUUAACAGGACAAUAUGUUUUAUUUCUUGGAGCAUAUCGGGGGUUUUACAUUCUCAAUUGGAUCUAUCGUUAUUUUACAGAAAAGAAUUACACUCGGUGGAUUUCAUGGAUAGCCGGUAUUGUGCAGUCGGCUCUAUAUGCAGAUUUCUUCUACUACUACUUCAUAAGUUGGAAAAACAAUUCAAAGCUUCAACUUCCCGCUUGAAAUGGAUAAUAUGCAUGUGUCUCGCUGCUACAACGCGAUAAGAUUCUUUUUGUUUAGUUGAUUCCAUGAUGAAAGCUAAUAUGAUGUGCCCUAAAAAUCUGCGGAAUAGUUUUUUUGCUUUAAUAGAUCUUAAAGUAGAUGUAUUGGACUCCACAGGAUUUACUGGGCAAAAGUUGAUCAUACUGUGUAGGAUAAUUAAAAAGCUAAUUGUUCACCAAA